CACUAGUUUGGGUGUGUAUCCACUUUUAUUCGUCAACUUUGCUCGAUUUUGGCCCGUUGCGUUCGAGAAUAAAAAACAUAUAAACCGGAGCUGCCAGCCAUUAAGAUCCAUCCAAUCCAGUAUACCCAGAAUCAUACGAUAAGAUAAGCCAAAGCCAAAGACCAAGCCCUUCGGCGAAGCCACACAAGCACUAGCAACCAAGCACACCACCCCAAAUCCACUAUCCUGUAAUUGCAUUUCCCAGUAUCCGUAACACUGAGAACCUUUUCAACCAUAGGCCUAUCCGAGACAGCCAUCAUGGACGUAAUGUCAUCAUCCCUGCAGCAGCAGCGCGUCGUGGUGGAGCAGCUGCGUCGCGAGGCAGCCAUCGACCGCCAGACGAUCUCGGAGUCGUGCGCCAAGAUGAUGAAGUACAUCACGGAGCACGAGCAGGAGGACUACUUGCUCACCGGGUUCACCAGCCAGAAGGUGAAUCCGUUCCGCGAGAAGUCAUCGUGCACCGUCCUCUAAGGAGGCGGAAUGGAAGGUCCGCCGUUGCCGAGGAGUCAGCGAUCGCCGGCGGACGUUUAGUUUAUUUUUAGUUUAGCAAGAUAAAUUAGGACGCAAACGUGUGUGGAGUACUUCCCCAGUACCAGUCAACGCCACCUGGAACAAUAUAUACUUGUGCAAAAGCCACAAAAACUACGAUUGUCAUAAGCAAUAUCAUUACAAGAAGUUUGAAUUCCAAUUGCAAUUGCGAGGAAUAUAUAUAUAUAUAUAUGUAUUUAAAUCGAUAUAUCAAUGUGUACCAGCCACGUUAACAAGUAAUGUCCGAAACCAGAAACCCAAACUCAAUGUCGAAUCUAAAUGUAUAUCUAAAUCUAAAUUGAAGCAUUUGUUCCAAAGAUAUCAGAGUUGUUUCCUUCCCGAUGAGUAACGCCGUUAAUGUACACGAAUAUCCCAACUAUAACGACAAUUAAUGCGCUGACUAUAGCAUCUACUACUCUACCUAAACCGAAACACUUAUAUAUACAAAACUAUCAACUUAUCAAUAAACUUAAACUCAGUCGAAACGGAAAUACA